UUAGUUGCUCUUUAAUUAUUAAUUGUAUUUGAAUGUAAGUAAAAAAUAUAUAUUAGUGUUCACGAUGUUCACAAGAAAAGAUCAAUUGCAAAAUAAAGGUGGUCCAGAAGAACGUCGGAGCUAUUUAAAGAAGUUAAAAGAGGAAUUUGAGGUCUCUAAAUCUUAUGAAUCGAAGAAACAAAUCUUAGCGAAUCUAUCCAACUUUGCUUAUGACCCAAUCAAUUAUGAGUUUCUCAAGGAAAUCCAAAUCAUUGAUUUAUUUCUAGCACAGCUUAGUGAGAAUUCCGAGGAGUUAAUUCAAUACUCAAUUGCUGGUUUAUGCAAUAUUUGCAUAGAUCCUGAAAAUCGCGAGUACAUAAUUAUAUCGAAUGGUGUUCAUUUGAUAUCUGAGAUUCUUGCACAUAGGAAUGAAGAGAUUGCAGUGAAUGCAUUAACAACACUGAUUUACUUGUUCACACCAGAAAAUAAUCAUCUAUUAACAAAGCCAGAUUUGAUCAACAAAGUGCUUCGUUACCAGCACCAUAGGAACAUAAGAUUAAAGAAUCUAGCUAACAUUUUUAUUGAAGAUUUUUGUACAUCUCAGCAAGUUGCUUUGGCCAGUUCAACGGAGUAUAUUCCUUUGCCGAAAUAAUAGAGAUUGUUUAGUUUCUUGAGAAGUUUAAAAGUUGGUGAUAAGGUGGCUGUUGUAAGGAAGAUAACUGGAGCAGAUGUUGAGGCUUUCACGAGACUUAGUGGUGAUUCGAAUCCGAUUCAUUCUACUAGUAAGAACGAGAGGGCGGUAGUGCAUGGCGCUCUUCUUAAUGGUCUCGUUUCUGGGGUAAUUGGGACGCGGCUUCCUGGUGCAGGAACUCUGGUUCUGUCGCAAACACUUAAUUUUCCCAACAAAUGCUACGCCGACGAGGAGGUCACCGUGAGCGUAGAAAUCUCCGAAUUGAGGAAGAUUAUUACCGUUAAGUUCCUCUGCACGGUGGAUGAAUGUCGGAAGGUCGUUUUGCAUGGAGACGCAAAGUUAAUGUUGAAAAAGUAAAAUUGUUUCUAGCAGUUCUUAGAAGUAGUCGUAAUUCGAAUUAUAUGUAUAUAAUGUAGUAACUGGUAAUUCAGUAAAACAAAUAACAACAACAA